AUGGCUGCUUCUCGCUUAGAAAUCCAAAAACGUAUUCAACAACGGUUAAAAACUAGAACCGACACUACAAGUAGGCCAACACCGAGGACGUAUCAACAACUUCCUCAUUUUCUACAACAAGUUCUCCCCGAUAAUUACACAUACAUUAUUAAAUCGUAUAAAGAAUUAGAAUUAGAAAGUUUUUCUGGUGCGCCUACGGCCGCUUUCGAUUCAACAUUUUACGUGAAUAUUGCUUCAAGUGAGGCGAUUGAAGAAUGGCGCUCUGCAUUUCAUAACAAGACAGGGACCAUCUUUCGUAUCACUAGAGCAGAUAAAGUAAAAGGCAUUAAAGUUAUAUAUCAUAAAGACUUUCAUUGUAGACAUGCUGAUAUCGCUGCCAUAAAAUAUAUGCAAAAAACUUAUGCUCAGAAAGCCGGUCAACGAAGAAGUCGAAAUACAAAUUGUCAAUGUUUGGCAAAAAUUCGAUUGGAAAAAAGCAGGCUUCAACUUUCGCACCCAUGUGAGAUUCAUCUGGUUUAUAAUCAUAAUCAUCCUUUGGAAACCUUUAAUCUCGCACCCGCCACUCCAGCCACCCCGAUCGAAGCCGGAUCGCCGGGAAACGACGAGAGCGGAAAGGACACAUCACAAGAUUUCGACUUUGAUUCACCAAUAAGUAAGUUAAAUUUUAAUUUUCUUUUUUCCUUGUUUAGUGUAGAAGAUUACUCUUCAAUUGAAAAUGAUAAUUUUUCAAAUGAAGAUAUAACAACAACUGCAAGAAAAAUAAAUCCUCAUCAACAAACCUCUUCUUUCUCCUCUUGUACCAAUUCAUCUCAAAUCUCCACUAUCAAUACGGUUUCUUUCGCUGCGAAAACUUUCUCUGAAUUCCAACAAUUCGUUAAAGAAUGCGAAGUCGAUAUUUUGAAAGGAGGGGACGCAGAAUAUUGUAAAGGAAUAAUUAAGUUUAUGGCAAGUCACAAGAGAGCAAGAGCUCAAUCUCUCUCUCAUGCUGCUUCUUUCCUUAAUCAAUUCUCUUGGCCUGAACCUACCAAUAUAGAACAACAUAGUCACCAAAUUCAAAAUUUUGGAAGUCCUCAAUUUAUAACAUAUCCUUAUCACCAUCAACCGCAAUUCACAAGUGUUCCAGUUCAAUUCUCUGGCAUUGCAAGUGAACAAUUUUUACCGCAACAAAUGACUACAAUAAAUGAAACUGAUUUUGAGACGGAUGUAAGACCAUCUCUUAAACGGGCCGCUACCGAUCAACCAAUGGCACGAGAUUUUGAUCCACACACUUUAUUGCGCAAAAGAAGAUCAACAAGCGCAAAAAUGAGGCAAAACGAUCUCAUUUUGAAUUUAUCUCAGAAUAAUCUACAUAUGUAA